GUCUGGGCUGAGGCAGUGCCGGGGUUGGACGCGACACGCCGCCGGGAGUAGCCAGGCACCCCACUUCGAAUCCCUCUGGUCGCUCCGUGGAUGUGUGGCUUGAGUGCGUAGUGAUGGAGCGAGGGGGCGGCGGCAGCAGUAACGGCGGGGAGGAUGGGCGGUGUGCGUGCGGGCGGGCGCUACAGAUGGUGGGCGUGCAUGUAAGUCCUACCACGGGCGGCCACUUUGAACUUCGCGUCGCAGCCACAGACUCCAUCGAAUUCCUGCGGCGGCUCGUUUCCAAGAGGCUGCGAGUCCCCAAGGAGCGGAUAUGCCUCCUCUACCGCGAUAGACAUCUGCGGGAGGGCACGUUGGAGGAGAACAGCAUCAUGGACGGUUCCAGGAUCACGCUGCUGCCCUCUGUGGAGACUGGACUACUGGUGAGUGUUAAGGGUGAUUCAGGUGUUGUGUGAUUAAGAUGAAG